CCCCAGUAAACACUGUUCACGAAGGAAUCGAAGCAAACGUUACGUGUAGGUCAAGGCUUAUCAUAAUUUGGCAGUGGAACGUCCUUGGGUCAAGGACACCAUCGAAUUAAAUCUCUUUGGGCAAAUUUACUAACAACUGACAACCACCGCAUUACAUAAGAGCCGUACUGGAGGAAGACAAAAUGGCCAAAAAGGUAUUGAGAAAUGUGACCCACUGCAUCUUCGAUAUGGACGGCCUCUUGCUGGACACCGAGCGCCUAUACACGGAGGCCGCGCAAAAAGUACUCGAUCCGUAUGACAAGACGUUCACGUUCGAUGUUAAGGAGCAGCUAAUGGGUCUGCAGACACGGCAGGUGGCUGAGUUUAUGGUCAAUACAUACGAACUGCCGAUCACCUGGGAGGAGUAUGCCAAACAACAACGCGACAAUGCUCUAACCUUAAUGGGGAAUGCCCAAUUGAUGCCAGGUGCCGCACGCCUUUUGCGUCAUUUGCAUGCCAAUAAGGUGCCUUUCGCCCUGGCCACCAGCUCCGGAGCCGACAUGGUGGAGCUGAAGUCCACACACCACAAGGAACUAUUCAAUUUGUUCAAUCACAAGGUGUGCGGCUCCACCGACGCCGAGGUGAAGAACGGCAAACCAGCGCCCGAUAUCUUUUUGGUGGCCGCUGGAAGGUUCGGUGACACGCCAGAUCCGUCCAAGUGCUUGGUGUUUGAGGAUUCGCCCAACGGCGUGACGGCGGGUGAAAGUGCUGGCAUGCAGGUGAUUAUGGUGCCAGAUCCACGCUUGUCCGAGGAGCGAUGCUCCCAUGCCACACAAGUGCUGCGGUCCCUGGAGGAUUUCAAGCCGGAGCAGUUUGGUCUGCCACCGUUUAGCGAUUGAGCUUGUUACCUGUUUACUUAAUGUAGCCCAGAGAAUCUCUACACAUGUAAGAUUUUCAGACUAAAAUAACAAGAUGUGGUACAAUUUGUGCCGACAGUGGAA